AUGGAUCAUGAGGCCCUAAUUACGUCCAGUAGUACCGAACCCGCGAAGGUGUUGCCAGUCUGUAACGCAUGUCGAUCAAGGAAGGUCAGGUGUGACCGUGUCCAACCCGUGUGUGGUCCUUGUAUGCGACUCAAGCUCCAGUGCUCUUUUGAUAGAAGUUCAGUGAGCCCUAAUUCUGAUAUUGGGGACUUGUCAACUCAUACACAGGCUGGGACAAAAAGAAAAAGAUCAUGUAGGGCGUGCGGAAGCUGUCGAGCUGUAAAAGCAAAGUGUUCUGGGAGCGGCCCAUGUGAAAGAUGUCUUUCCAGAAGCAGAGUCUGUGAUCUCGUGGCGGAUCCAUCUCAUCAAUUUAGCGAUGACUUGUUAAUGAGCAUGCCAACUCCUAGGACGGUGACGAGCAAUACAUCUACAAACACCACUUGGCCACUGGACAGGGUAGCAACGAGGAGUUGUAUCGACGCCUACUUCAAUGCAGAAACCGGUGCCGCUCCUGCUUUUUUGCAUAAGUCGAGUAUUCUUGCCGAUUGGAGUAGGGGCAUCAUAGAUCCAAACUUACUCAAGUGCAUUGUGGCAACUGGGCUUUUUGCCAACGAUUCUCGGCCAGAAGCACGGGUGACAGCUCGAGUAUGGAUUCAGGAGGUGCAAGAGGACGCAUUCAAACGAAUAGGGAAACAGACAGUCACUCACCUGAGGAUUCUCGUAAUGCUGUUAUGUUUCCACUUUCGGGCUGGAAACUUUCCUGAUGCUUGGAGUCUUCUCGCACUCGCUGCUCGCUCAGCUUUCACUAUGCGACUAAACUAUGAGCGUGACGAACGUGACCCUCUUAUCCAAGAGUCACAUAGGCGGCUGGUAUGGAUUAUUUAUGAGAUGGAUUGCUUGUGUUCCGGUGGAAUCGAUGAUUUAGCGGUCUGUCCGGUGGAGAGGAUUCACAUUCGCCUUCCAUGUGAUGAACGAACCUUUGAAAUGGGUAUUCCUUCGAAAGCUAGGUUCCUAAAAGAUACCAGGCAAGACCCAGGAGCUAAUGUAGAUGCCCACGCCUUCAACCUUGAGCUUCUGUUCAUCCGAGAUCGUAUUUUGAGUAGAUAUACCAAGAACGUGCGGAGAACAGGCAAGAGUCCAGCUGAGAGCCAUCAGGAGAUGGAAUCCCUUCAGGCCGAGUUAGACAGAUUUGAACGAAGCCUUCCUUUAGAACUCAAGCUCAGCUCCCGGAGUCUAGUGGUCAUGGGUCACUCUCGAGAGGCUAGUGCCUAUGCCAGACUUCACACGAUGUGGCUGAUGUGUCACUGUGACCUCUACCGCUUCUGUGUUCCAGGGAUUCGUGAGUCCGUGCCCAAAGAUGCGUUGGCUUUGACGCCGUCCGAUUUCAUCGAGUACUGUCAGCGAGUAUGCUUAAGUAAUGCUGUCCAACUCUGUGGGCUGUGGUCCAACCUGUAUCACCUCGAGUCCAGCGAGCGCCUAGGCGAUGGGUUCCUGGCCGUGGCUAUUUACCAGGUAUCUGGGAUAUUGCAUCACUUGCCUCACCUUUUACCAGAUGAGGGAGACCGCUGCAUCGCAUCCCUAAAGAAGAAGCUCCUCGAGGCACUGCAGCUCGCCUUACCCCUGCGGCCGACAUACGACUACGCAAAAAGUUGUCUGAAGGAUGCUGAGCGCCUGGUCAAUGCCUUAGGGCGAGGGUCAGUUCCACGAUUGUCGCCAGUUUCAAAAGUCGUCGAAGGUAUGGAGGCCACUGCUCGGGAGCAUUUCGCGUCGAGGCAUUCAUUCUUGCAGCAACUAGAUAAAGAUCAAGAGGCUGUUGAUAAAGGCACUGAAAACCAAACGAUAAGAAGCGUGAGUCCGGAUGAAAUCGACCACCUCGAUGAGAGGACUGUGCCCUCCUACCCUAUUACGGAGUGGAACCUAUUAGAUCGUGAGCGGAGGGUAGAACAUGAGGUCGAGCAAGGGGUUUCCGACCUGUAUCUCUGGGAUCCGUUCAACAUGCAGUUGAAUGGAUAUUACGAUCCUAGUCUAGAAUUUUCGUUCGCGUCAUGA